AUGGCAGAAGAAGUGAGCAAGCGCGAGCGGCACGUCACUGUGCUCUUCGACAACGCAGGGAUCACGGGCGCACGCGCUCCGCGGCCUGCGGCGCCCACCGCAGCGGAGUUCCGCAAGGCCUUCCUCGACGGGGUCCCCGAGGAAGCCUUCCCCAACAUGAACGCCGUGGGUUUGUACUGGCUCACCUUCGCCUUCCGCUGCCGCGAAGUGGAAGGAGCACGCGGCGGGCCCGCGCAUGCGCGCGUUACUCUUUCCAUUCCCAGAGAGGCUCGCUUGUUGCGGGAUAGGCCUCGGCGACCCGCGGGCCACUCAUACCCGUACAUGUUCUCCAAGUUCGCCAUCGGCCGCGCGACGUCCUCGCUCGCACACGAGCUCCUCCCGCUCGGCGUGCGCGUGGACGGCACUGCGCCCGGGCUCUUCGUCACAUCGAUGAACACGCUGGGCCAGGUCGACGAGCUCGGGCGGGUUACACCUCCCGCCCGGCCGUGA